CUCCACACUCAGACCCACUCUGGAUCCUCCGGUCACAGCAGCGGAGCUCCGGGCCGGAUGAGUGAGCUCUGAGCCGGGAUACUCUGACACCGACACCGCUGCCACGCUCUCACCUGGAUAUAUGCAUGAGCACGUGUCUGAGUGAUGAUUUAUUACACCUGGGCAUGUAGUUCACCGAGUCUCUGGGCGUGGGAAGAAGGACGAGUCUACUUGUUUGUCCGUGGGAAUUACUGUUGAACUAAACUUCAGCUGUGACCGCAGCGGCUGCGCACAUUUAUGUUUCCUCCUAUCAGGAUGUAAAUCUGGGAACUUUUAUUUCUGAUUCUAAAGGACCAUCGGAGCCCCGAGGACUACUUUAAUUUCUAACUUUUUCAUUCGGAUUACAGACACAGAACUCGGCUGUUCGGGAGGAUCGAUCUGAGGAAAGAAGAGAGGCUGAUUCAUGUCAGCGGAGUUCAACCAGCCUGAAGUCUGAACAGGCGAUCGAGGAGGUUGAUGUCAGCACAGAUCCACAGACCUGGACACUGAACAGGUCGAGUAGAGCUCGACUCCACGUUCACUGAGCAGGCAUGAUGGAGCAGAGGUGGGCGUGGUUGUUUGCCCUGGUCACCCUGGUAACCGUCUACUUCAGCCCCUCCCACAGUCAAAACGCCUUCAGAGAAAAAAACAACAACAAGGAGUUCUCCACAGCGACCCUCAUCAACAACGUGGUGGUCGAUCCACGUACGGGCCGGCUGUACCUGGGCGCCGUCAACACCCUCUACCAGCUGAACGCCGACCUGCAGAAGGAGUUCCAAACGGAGACAGGCCCCAAACGGGACAACCGGCUGUGCACGCCGCCGGUCACCGAUGCCUGCGAGGAGGCCGUGGAGACGGACAACCACAACAAGCUGUUGCUGGUCCACAGUGCGAGGGACCGCCUGGUGGUGUGCGGCAGCGUCUUCCGAGGACUCUGCUCGCUGAGGAACCUGAGCAACGUGGACCACCUGGUCUACUUCAGCGACACCAAAGGGGAGAAGACAUACGUGGCGAGCGCCGAGGAGAGCGUGUCUGUGGUGGGAGUGAUGUCAUACUUCACCAAGGACAGAGACAACUUCACCGUGUUCCUGGUUGGUAAAGGCUACGGCAGCCACGACAGCACCAAGCUCAUCUCCACCCGCAUCCUCGAGGACUACGGAGACUGGGUGGUUUUCGACAGCAUCAUCGAGGCCUCGGCGGUCCAGGCCAACCCCUUCGUCCUGCGCUACCUCCACGACUUCCGCUUCGCCUUCAAAGAUGGCGGCUUCGUUUACUUCCUGUUCUCGCGGACCCUGGGGGUUCAGGACACCAAGAACUUCACGUUCAUCUCCAGGAUGUGCGAGGACGACCAGGGUUACUUCUCGUACACAGAGCUGCAGCUCAACUGCAGCACUGACAACAAGUACAACAAGGUUCAGGCUGCCUAUGUAGCAGCUCCAGGGAAGUUUUUGGCUGAGAGUAUGACCAGAUCAAACCAGUACGGACCAGUGUCAGCCUCCGACAAGGUCCUGUUUGUGACCUUCACUUCUGAUGAAGACCCGACCACUUCAGCCAUGUGUAUGUACCCUCUCCGCUCCAUUAACCAGAGGCUGGUGAAGAUAAUCGAAGCGUGCUACAGCGACGACGGCAUCAUCGAACAGAAGUCCGCUGUCUACUUGCCGUACUCGUCCAAGUCUGAGGACCUGUGCAACAGCAACAGUCAGAAGGACAUGGCUGUCCGAUACAUGUGUGGAGCAGAGUUCCUGCCCUCCCCGCUCGCCAGCAAAGCCGACUUCGCCCUCCAAGCUGGGAAGCCAUUGAUCUGGGCGGGUCACAUGACGGCCGUGGCUGUUGCUGUGGAGAUGGGGCACGCCGUGGCGUUCCUGGGCACUGCGACCGGAGAGGUCCUGAAGGUUCAUCUGUUGGCUAAUCCGGAGGUUUACGGUCGAGCCACGAGCGAAGUCACCGGAGACAAGGUCAACAAGAACCUGCUGUUCGAUUCUAGCAGUGAACACCUGUACAUCACCACGGAGAAGAAGAUCACCAAAGUCCCCGUCCAGACCUGCGACGACCAGAAAAACUGUCAGUCCUGCAUCGCAAUAAAGGACCCGUACUGCGGCUGGUGUGUCCUGGAGGGAAAGUGCACCAGGAAGCAGGACUGCAGUCGGUCCGAUGAGGAGAACACCUGGCUGUGGUCGCCCAAUCAGCAGUGUGUGCAGAUAGAGGCCUUCAACCCUCCGAACCUGAGCUGUAAGAAGACACAGAUGGUUGAUAUCAGCAUACCCAGCCUCCCCAGAAUCAUAGACCCUGAUGAGCUAAAGUGUAAAUUUGGCCGUCACUCAAACAAUGCAGUGAUCGACAUCCACAGCCAGGUACAGAUCACCUGUUCACUGCCCCACCCCAUGGAUAUCCCGCCCACUCUGGGUGACCAAGACUUCGUGUCCGUCCCAGUUGAAGUUCUGGUGAAGGAGGACAUCAUUGUGGCGUCUGGAGAGUACCACUUCUACAACUGUGCUGCUACAGUCAGGAAGAACCAAAACACGCCGUGUAUCGCCUGUGUGACCAGUGAGUGGGGCUGUCAGUGGAACGCUCAGGAUCACGUCUGCAGCGACAGCGACGACUCCGUUUAUGGAAGUCACAUAGUCAAACCACAGCAGCCGGACAGUUGUCCUCAAUUCGAGUCUCCGGAGCCGUUGUUGAUCCCCGUUGGCUACGAAAUCCCGAUCAGCUUUCAGGGGCGAAAUCUGAACAUCUAUGAGGGUCAGAGAUUCAGCAUCGGGACGGAGCUGAUGAAGUCCACGGAGAAGACUGUCUUACAGGAGCAGGGGUCAAAGUUCAAAUUCACUGGAUAUGUGUUCUCCUACGACAAGCAGCAGGAGGUGAACGUAUCGUUCCAUAUCAAAGACAGAGACACGGAGAGGAAGAUUGACAGCACGCUGACAGUGGUGCUGUAUAACUGCUCAGUGGGGAGAGAGGACUGCAGUCUGUGCAAACACGCCGACUCCAAGUACCAGUGUGUGUGGUGUGCAGCUACACAGAGGUGUGUAUACCACGAGCUCUGCCCGUCACCACAGCCGGCUCAGUGUCCCGCCCCAGAAAUCACAAAGAUCAUCCCGGAGUACGGCCCUCUGAACGGUCGCAUCUCAGUGACCAUUAAAGGCUCCAACAUGGGGAUAAAGAAGGAAGACAUCAAGCAGAUCACAGUGGCCGGAGUGGACUGUGUCCACCAGGGGGACAGAUACUCGGUCUCCACCAGUGUGGUGUGUGAGAUCGGCCCGGCGAAACGUGUCCCUCCAGGCGACGUCCCGUUUGAACCAACCACCAGCGGAGUGGUGGAGAUAUUAGUGGAGGGAGGGAGGAAGGGGAAAUCUGAGGUCACCUUCACCUAUCGGGAUCCUGAGCUGAUAUCCGUGGAGCCAUCAAGAGGUCCAGCAGCUGGAGGAACUGUGAUCACGAUUAAAGGGAAGAAACUGAAUACGGCGACCAAAGACGACGUCUCUGUGACUGUGGGAGGAGUUCCCUGUGAAGUCUUGUCAUUUGGUGAACAGAUCACCUGUAAGACCGGAAAGGUGCCGAAGGUUCCCACUGAGCCGUCCACGGUGACCGUUAAAUACGGAAGAAACACGACGAAGCACCUCCCUGACAAGUUCCAGUACUCAGAGAACCCCAAGAUCUCAGAGUUUAACCCCAAAGACAGCUUCGUAUGUGGUGGUCGAAGGAUCGUGGUGAAGGGGAGCGGUUUUGACCUGAUCCAGAAAGCGGAGAUGAAAGUCCUUCGCUUUAACGAUUUCCUCCAAAGCACGACUCCUGUCCAGUUCUCCUCAGAGUUUCUGAGUAAGAACGACUCAGUCCUGGAGUUUUACUCUCCACCUGUGAACUGCUGUAAGGACGCUCAGACUCUGAGGACGCUGCUUCACCUCGACAACGUGGUGGAAGAGCUGAAAGGCUUCGACUACCACCCUGACCCCACAUUUAACCAGCUGAACAAGAACGUCAUCACCGAGACCAGCAUCAUCAUCGUCACAGGCCGAGGUUUCUCCAAGGCGAUGACGGCCAAAGAGGCACAGGCGUUUGUGGGAGAUGCAUCCUGUCACGUUAACAUCCUGCAGGACGAUAAGUUGAUCCUGGAGGCUCCUUCUUCACAGCCCAGAUCCAGAUCUAAACGCCAGCGCAGAGACACAACCAACGACCUGCUGGAGCUCGUGGUGAAGUUUGGUCAUGGCGAGUGGAUGGUGGGUUCAGUUUACUACGCCAGAAAAGACGACAUUCCUCUGGCGAUAAUCAUCCCUGCUGUCAUCGUUCCCAUGCUGCUCUUCAUCGCCAUCUCCGUCUACUGCUACAGGAGGAAGAGUCAGCAGGCGGAGCGCGAGUACGAAAAGGUGAAACACCAGCUCGAGAAUCUGGAGGAGAGCGUCCGAGAUCGCUGCAAGAAAGAGUUCACAGAUCUGAUGAUAGAAAUGGAGGACCACACCAGCGACCUGAGCGAGGCCCGGAUCCCCUUCCUGGACUAUAAAACCUACACCGACAGAAACUUCUUCCUGCCCUCUAAAGAUGGCGCCAACGAUGCCAUGAUAACCAGAAAACUACAAAUCCCAGAAGCACGUCGGGCCAUCGUGGCACAGGCACUGAACCAGUUCUCCAACCUGCUGAACAGUAAACCUUUUCUCAUCAACUUUAUCCGUACGUUGGAGAGCCGCCCAGACUUUAACGCCCGGGCUCGUGGUUAUUUCGCCUCCCUCCUGACGGUGGCGCUGCACGGUAAACUGGAGUAUUACACGGACAUCAUGAGGACGCUGCUGCUGGAGCUCAUGGAUGAACACGUGCAGAACAAAAACCCCAAACUCAUGCUGAGGAGGUCGGAGACGGUGGUGGAGAGGAUGCUCUGUAAUUGGAUGUCCAUCUGUCUCUAUCAGUUCCUGCGGGACACGGCAGGAGAGCCGUUAUACAAACUUUUUAAAGCCUUAAAACACCAGGUGGAAAAAGGACCGGUCGACGCCAAGAUGAAGAAAGCCAAAUACACACUUAACGACACGGGGCUGCUGGGAGAUGACGUCGAGUACUCUGUCCUGACUCUGCAGGUGCUGGUGCACGGCGAGGGACCAGACGUGACGCCGGUCAAGGUGCUGAACUGUGACACCAUCUCACAGGUGAAAGAGAAGAUCAUCGACCAGGUGUACAGAAACCUGCCGUACUCACAGAGACCAAAAGUAGAAAGUGUCGCUCUGGAAUGGCGUCCGGGCUCCACGGGUCAGAUCCUGUCCGACCUGGACCUGACGUCGCAGAAAGAAGGACGCUGGAAAAGACUCAACACCCUCGCUCAUUAUAAUGUUCGGGACAACGCCACGUUGGUGCUGUCCAGAGUUUUGCACACACAGUCCUUCCACCAGCACCAGGACAGCCAUGAAGAGAAAAACGCUCUGCUGGAAGACGACAACACCUUCCACCUGGUGAGACCGGCAGAUGAAAUUGAUGAAGUGAAGUCGAAGCGAGGCAGCAUGAAGGACAAGGCGAUGACCAAAGCUAUCACAGAGAUCUACCUGACCCGACUGCUGUCUGUAAAGGGGACUCUGCAGCAGUUUGUGGACGACUUCUUCCGAAGCGUGUUGGGCUCCAGCUCCGUCGUUCCUCCAGCCGUCAAAUAUUUCUUUGACUUUUUGGACGAGCAGGCGCUGAGACACGACAACGUGGAGGAGGAGACGCUGCACAUCUGGAAGACCAACAGCUUGCCUUUACGGUUUUGGGUGAACAUCUUGAGAAACCCCCAGUUCGUCUUUGACGUCCACGUGACGGAGGUGGUGGAAGCUUCUCUGCACGUCAUCUCUCAGACCUUCAUGGACGCCUGCACCAAGACGGAGCACAAACUCAGCAGAGAAUCUCCCAGCAACAAGCUGCUCUAUGCAAAAGAGAUUUCAACCUAUAAGAAGAUGGUGGACGAUUAUUACAAAGGCAUCAGACAGAUGGUUCCAGUAAGUGACCAGGACAUGAACACGCACCUUGCCGAGGUGUCUAGGCAACACACGGACAAGCUGAACACCCAGGUGGCCUUACAUCAGCUGUACCAGUACGCCAGCAAGUACUAUGAUGUGAUCAUCCAGUCGCUGGACGAGGACCCAGCAGCCCAGAAUAAACAGCUCACCCUCCGCCUCCAACAGAUCGCCGCCGCCCUGGAGAACAAGGUCACUGACCUUUGACCUCUGACCUCACGGAGGGGUCAGGGGAGGAGCUUACGGCAACUACAACACACUAAGUUGUUUUCCAUUUAAGGACUUGGAGAAGGAAGAGCUCAUGGACUCUAUUCAAUGUUUGAACAUGGGAGGCUGAAAUAGGAGGAGCUAGUGGAGCUACAGGAAGCUGUUGGCCAUAUAAGGACUGCAGGAGGAGGCGUUUUGAGACUUAAGGUCAUGGACAAAUGAAGUGUUUGAAUCUAUCCAGUGUCAUGGAAGCGCUCGAAUUGCUUACAAACAAACCCCAAGGAUGGGUGCAAAACGGCGACCGUUCUAAAGCUGCAAAUGGGAGCUCUGUGAAAUCAAAGGGUUAUUUUUUUAAUCAAAGCUAGGGCUCAGAUUUGUGAAAUCUUUGCUCCUAGCUGUUUCUGUGUUGGCCUCUCUAGAUGGCAAAUUUUGCAUUUGAAGAUCCAAGGACUGAAGAAAAAAGUGCCACACAAGAGAUGAAGACUUUUGGAUAAAUUGAAGAGUAACUGAAGAUGUUCUGAAUAUUUUCUUUUACCACUCAACACUUUUGGAAGAUCAGUUCGGAGGUGCAGCUUCUCCAGAAACCACUUUUUUUCCAUUUUGUGUUACAGCAAAGUCUACGAACUAUUAAUACAAGGCAGAUUUGCCUGAUUUGAGGUCAGUUUUUCUGUCAGUAGUAACCAGAAAACCAGACCAGAGCAGUGUGCAUCCUAGAGCAUGAGAAUGCUUGGAUGUACCUGAAACUUCAACAAGUAACCAAUGAAAUUCCACUACGGUACACACCACUGGCCAAUAAGGGGUCUUGGUUUAACUUGAUGGCACUAAAAGGAGGGAGAAUUCAGGGUACGAAGUCCAAAAAUCAUGGCCAAAUGUUGUUUUUCAUAUCAGAUGAUGUGUUUCUACGCAGAUGACGACACUGUUUAUUUUGUUGAGUAUUAUUCUCUGUGCAGGCUUUAUUCUGAGGCUUUGCAUUUACAUUUAAAACAUAAAAUUUAUCUUUUAAUGGAUUGAUGUAGUGCCACUUAAGUCCAGUUCAGAGCAAAGAUUCACAGGUUGGUUUUAGAGGGUUACGGGACUGUGGAAGGAGCUUGCAGCUUGAAUCACGACAGCUGACGGUGUUUCCUGUAAUCCAACCGCUGGUUUUAGAAAGUGAGGUGUGUCAUGUGUUUCAACAGCCAGUCAGCACCUUGGAGCCUAGAGAGGAAGUCAGCAGGUCACGCCAAAGUUGCAAACAGUCAGAUCGUGGCAGAGUUAUGGACAGAGGAGAGAGAGAUUUAUUGAACCCUGUAUUUAGGAGAAGCCCCGACUUUGUAGUUACUUGUUCCUGGAAUAACCAGGAAAAAGUGACAAAAGAUGGGACAAAGCUCAUGAUAUAAUUGGGUGUAAGCCCCCUGGAUAUUUUGUUUGAAGCACCCACAGUAGAGAGGGGUCUGCCUGCAAACCGUUCAUCUGAGACCCCAAAGUGCCGAUACAGUUUAACGGUACAACAUUAACUACAUAGCUACGCUAUCUAUGGCUAAGUCAGCUUUGCAACGUAACCCUAACCUAGCUAUAUAAUGUAUCUAUGUAGCUUACAUAACUACUUUGUAAGCCUAAAGCUAAGCUCAUUAAGCCGUUAUCUAUUGCUAAGUUAGCUUUAUCAACAUAGGCUUUAGCAAACGUAGCUAAAAGUAACUUACCUAUGUAGAUACAGUAAAUACGUAGCUUACUUAGCUGCUUUGUUGGCUUAGCUUAAGCCAUGUUAGCUUCAAAGCACCAUAUCUACAGGUAAGUCAACAUUAGCAGUGUGAGCUUUAGCAAAUGUCGCGAAAGCUAACUUAGCUGUGUAGAUAACAUCCCUACAUAGCUUUCAUAACCACAUGUGAGCUUAGCUUUAGCUUCAUUAGCUACAUGAUUAAAGCUGCUCUCACAAAUCAGGUAGAUAAGCUACAUAGCUCAUUUUAUCUAUAGCUUAGUUUUAGCAGUGUGGGCUUUAGCACACGUAGCUAAAGCUAAAAUAACUACAUAGAUAAUGUAUCUGUCGUUUACAUAACUGCUACGUAUCUAAAACUGAUCUCAAAAAGCUGCUACAUAAGCUGCAUAGCUCUGUUAUCUAUAGCUUGGUUAGUUUUAGGAACGUGGGCUUCAGCAAACAUACUUUAGGUAACUUAGCUCCAUAGAUACAUAGGAUGUAGAUGCUUUUUGAGGCUUAUUUUUGCUACAUUAGCUACACAGCUCUGUUUUCUAUAGCUCAGUUAGCUUUAGCAACAUGAGUUUUAGCAAAUGUAGCUAAAGCUAACUUAGCUCUGCAGAUACAUGGCUUAUGUAACUUCUUUAUACGCUUAGUUUCAGCUAAGUUAGCUACAUAGCUCAGUUUUCUUUGGCUAUGUAAGCUUUAGCAAAUGUAGCUUAAGGCAACCUAACUAUGCAGUUAAUGUACUUGCAUAGCUAACAAAGCAGCUAUGUAGCAACAUCGCUCCUUUAUCUAUAAUUAAGUUAGCUGUAGCAACAUGAGCUUUAGCAAAUGUAGCAAGAAGUAACCUAGCAAUGUAGGUUAUGCAGAUAACUUACAUGGCUUCUUUGUGAGCUUAACGUUAGCUACGCUAGCUCUGUAGUUCUGUUACCUAUAGCCAAGUUAGCUUUAACAACCUGAGUUUUAGCAAACAUAGCUAAAGCUAACUUAGCUACGUAGAUAACAUAGAUACAUAGCUGCUUUGUGUGCUUAGAUUAAGCUAGGUUACUUCAUUUUCUACACAGCUAAUGGAGUCACAUUAGCUACUGUUGCUACGUUUGAAUGUUUUCAUGAAUGGCAAGCUUUUUUCCCUUUAGCAGACUUUUUUUUUGGCUCUAUUUAAUGUUUGUAAUCAGGUUUUUCAUGUCAGUUUUUAUUUAACUUUUGGUAUCCUAACUGUUGCCUUAACCCUUACCCUAAACAGAAGUUUAAUCCUAUUUUAUUUUGAAAGAUUUAGCACGUAUUUCCAUUCUGAUGUACACGGUGUCUCAGAAGAACGGUCUGCAGCCUGACUGUACUUACUGAAAUAUGCUAAGAGUUAAAUUCAGCUAUAAGACAGGCAUGAGAAGUGCAAGUAGGGACUGAGCUAUGGAGAGCCUUUGCUUUGAAAAUGACAUUGUUGCACCUUCAAGUUGCAUCGGUGUGAACUGACAGGCCUUCAGAACGCAGCAGAGAUUUAAGAUUCAGCUCUCAUCGCCGUGAAUCUUUGGCCUGAACACGGCUUCAGUUUUUAUUUCUGUAAUGUGUUAAUCAGGGUUGUCCAUGAUGUCAUAUCCUGUGUGUGUGAGUGUUAUCAGUACAGUUGCGCCUCGUGCUUAAUGACCAUCUUGUUUUUACCGUCUGUGAAGAAUCAUGGCAACCUAUAAUCACGUGGUGUUUUAGUUUAAUGGUUUUAUAAUCUGUAUGAUUUUACUUCUUUUGCAAACAUGCAUUCAUAUUCCAUAAUUUUCAUAGGGUCUGUUUAAUCACAUAACUGUUGGUUCUUUCUGUAAAACUUCAAAAACCCUGUCGAAUAAAGGUGAACUAGUGAACUGAAGAUUAAUGGUGCAGACUCAGUGAAUCCAUCCGUGCUGCAUAGUGACCUCCACGGUGCUCCGCCCUCCUCAGCUUCAUACCUGUUAGUCUGAACUGAGGUAUCUAAAAAGUGUCAGUGCCGUAGCUUCCUGCUGCAAACAAACCAGGAAAGCAUCACCACUUUUAACCGCUUUUCUCCCUCGUUCAUUGAAAUUUGUCUGUGAAACCAAAACAGUGGCCUAGUAAAUCUGUCUUAAAUUCUGGAGUUUUACCAUAAAUUUCCAGCAGAGGUGGGCGGAGCAUGCCAGUCUGUCACUGCACAGCUAGGAUAGAUCCAGAGGGGCUGCGCCGUUGGAAGUUCCGCGACGGUCUUUGGGUUUAAGUGCCAUUACGUCACUAAAGUGUAAUUUCUUUUCUCUAUGCUACGUAAUAAUCAUUGUCACCUUAGAGUCAUCCUAUAUUUACUUUAUUCUUUGCCUUCUGAGCCCAGACGACGUGCUUUAUGUAGAGCUUGAGUUAAUAUCAAAGAUUAAAUAUGCAGUUUGUAGGUCUGAGGGUGAACCCUCCUUGGCCUCGUAGGGAAGGGGGAUCCUGCUGCCCACGUUUCUUUUUGUUUUGUUUUUAAAAAAAGGAUUUAUCGAUUCCUCUAAGGUCUGAAGUCCCACAAACUGCAUCUUUAAAUUCUGAAGCAAUACGACUUUAAAGGCUGGUGCUGCGUCUUUGUACUCCUCGACUAAUGAUGGACAUACUGCAAGGUUUGGACCAGAGUUUGGUACCACAUAUAAUCCAGACACAAAGACUGAAAUAAACACAUCUUAGCUGUUUUUGUUUUAUGUGAGCUUUUCCUGUGGGCAUCUCUCUGUCUGAAAUGUGUUUAUGAAAGCCACUUUAGUGCCAAAUAAUGUCAAGAAACUAUCCUGUAUGUUGUCCUAUGAGUUGAUUAUGAGUUAAAAAGAACGAGGAACAAACGGUUUAUUAGUAUAUUAAAAUUCUGAUGGUACUUUUAUUACAAA